UUUCAUGUAGUUGGUAGUGAUUUACUUCGCAGGGGAAGUACAAGAUAAGAUAAAAAAAGCACGCCGCUAUGUGAAUGUGAUGUGAGAAAAUAAUCAAACCUACUUAUUUCUGUUACUACUGAAGCAAACCGGUGAAUUAUAACCACAAUGCGACUAAUUCCGAUUGUGCUUGUUUAUUUAUUAAACUUAAUCACUCCCAGUUUUAAUACAACCCUCGAAGAUCUAAAAGAUGUUUUCAACGGCGAUUUAUGCAAAGAAGGCAAUUUGGAUGGGCUGAUUGUACCAAACAAAGAAGACUCCAACACGAAAAAUAUCAUAAGCCUUGCAUCGGUGGGUAUAGCUGAGGAGAAUCAAAAACCAGUUCUUUUGAGACUGAAUGAACUUGCCAGUCACAAUAACAUUGAUUACUAUUUUACUCUCCUAAAGGAAGAAGGGCCUGCUCAUGCUAAACUGUUUACCAUUGAGUUGACUCUAGGCAAAGAAAAUUAUAUUGGGGAAGGAAGGAGCCAUAAGAAAGCUAAACAAGAAGCAGGAGCCAAGGCAUUGGAGUUAACGGAGUACGAGUUUCCCAAAUUAAAGGAAAAGAAAACGCCGAAAGAUAUCGAAAAAUUAACUCCUACUGUCUUAUUGAACAACAUCGGUUCGAAAUUAGGUGUGGUAAUAACUUAUUAUCUUCUAGAUAAGGAUAAGCAGGAAGUAUUGCAUUCGAAUAUUAUUUUGACUGAAAAAAGCAAAUCGUACCUCCAAAAAUUGAAUGAGUCGAUUUACAAUGAUAAAAAGCUGCAUUUGAAGAGAGAUAUCGAAUCCAGUAACGGUCCGUUUCGUAUUAAACUCGAAUUUGGUGAGCACGUUUUUCAUGCUACUUCGCAUUCAAUUCAAUCCGGAAGACACGAAGUAGCCAAACUAGCUCUGGAUUUUUUAGCGAAAAAUAAGGAUAGUUUGGAUUUUCCUUGUUUAAAAGAAGGUUUUGAGCAUGAGUGUAAGCAAGACAAAGAACGUUUGAAAUCCCCAAUUUCGAAGGUUUACGAGGAAGGUCAAAAGAGGAAAAUCGACGUCGAGUUUGAGGUUUUAGAAGAGUCCGGUCCUGCGCAUAAAAGGACAUUUUCUACCGAAUGUAGAUUCGGCGACAUUACAACUACAGGAGAAGGUACCUCUAAAAAGGAGUCGAAAAGAAUUGCUGCCGAGUAUAUGCUGGAAAAGAUAAAAACGUUGGAGCCUCUGCCCUUCGAUUCCGAAUACAAUUCAGACAAGCCUAAAGACAAAAAGAAAAGGAAGAAGAAGAAGAAGUUGAUCAAAAACAAACUGGACGAAAUUAGCUUGACUUUAGAUAGCGUAAAAGACUCUCUUAUUGGAUUUGCUAAGAAUAUUUUCGGAGAUGAUGAGCAGCAGGCCAAUAUUGAUGAAAAUGGAAAUGAAAUGAAAACUGAUUCGAAUUCCAUAAAAUCCAAUGAUAAAGACGAUUCACAAACCACAAAAUCCGAUUUAAAUCAGUUACUCGAACUGAGUAAAGUAUUAAAAUUUGAAGUAGGCAUUAGAGAUUUUGGAGACGACAAAAAACAUGGAAGUGUUUUAUCGCUUUAUAUGAAUCCAGAAUAUAUUUGUUUCGGUGAAGCAAGAACUGAAUUUUUAGCUAGAAAUGCUGCAGCUAAAAAUGCAUUAGAAUUUCUAACUCAGAAGGGUAUUUACGACCUAUUUUUGGAGCAAAAACAGAGCACGCUAGAAAGUGAAAUUAAACAAGAAACUCGGUAUAUUCACAGCCAACUAGUUCGAGAAGAGAAACAGGAACUUUGAAUAAUGGCAUUACAUUUUUGUUUUCAGCAGUUACCUAUAAUUAUUUCUAUAUUUUUUAUAAUUCGUAAAUACUGUACAUAAAUUACAAUUUUCAGAACUUGAAU